GCAGACAGAAAGCAACAGCGAGUUUCCUUAGCCAGCCUGAUCGUCCAAAACUAGCUUAUCAUAAGCUGAAAGGCAAGAAUCCUGGAGUUGUCUUCCUCUCGGGUCUUUAUUCAAAUAUGAACGGUCAGAAGGCACUUGCACUUGAAGACUUCUGCAAGUCUGUUGGUCAUGCUUUUGUAAGGUUUGAUUACACUGGCUGUGGAAGUUCAGAAGGCAAUGUCAAAGAAGCUACAGUGGGGAAGUGGCGGAAGGAUGUUCUUUCAAUUUUAGUUGGUUCUAGUUUGGGCGGAUGGCUGAUGCUUCAUGCAGCAAUUGCCCGACCAGAAAAGGUGGCUGCUCUGGUUGGAAUAGCUGCAGCUGCAGACAAUCUUGUAGCAACUUUUCAACAACUUCCUGUAGAGGUGAAGCAGGAAAUAGAAGAAAAGGGCGAAUGGAAGUUGCCAACCAAGCACAACGAAGAAGGCUUUUACACUUUGCCAUAUGAAGUCAUUCAAGAAGCAGAAAAUCACUGUGUGUUGGGUGCUCCUCUUCCCAUAAAUUGCCCUGUGCGACUUCUCCAUGGCAUAAAAGAUGAAGAUAUUCCAUGGCAGGUUUCCUUGAAAAUUGCUGAACGUGUGAUCAGCACAGAUGUGGAUAUUAUUCUCCGCAAAGUUGGGCAACAUCGAAUGAAAGAACAAGAUGAUAUCAAACUUAUUGUGUACACUGUUGAAGACUUGAUUGACAAGCUGACCACACUAGCAUGAAUUGCAAUACAGGCAAGAGCAGAAGUUUGCACUU